CAAGAAUCUGGUGGAGUUUGUAGAAAACAAUUUGAUUUUAUACUUUUAUGAAUUUUUAAAAUAUGUGAUACAGUGAGGUAAUAAAUAGCAUUUUUCUUGACUUUGGUAUGCAAUUAUUAAAAAAUUAUACAGUAAAACAACAUGAAAAUCAUCACAGUUAUACUUGGGGAGAUGCAGAACAAGAAUCUGGUGGAGUUUGCAGAAAACAAUUUGAUUUUAUACUUUUAUGAAUUUUUUUAAUAUGUGAUAUAGUGAGGUAAUAAAUAGCAUUUGUCAUGAUUUUGGUAUGCAAUUAUUAAAAAAUGAUACAGUAAAACAACAUGAAAAUCAUCACAGUGGUACUUGAGGAGAUGCAGAACAAUAAUCUGGUGGAGUUUGCAGAAAACAGUUUGAUUUUAUAUUUUUAUGAAUUUUUAAAAUAUGUCUAUAUAGCAAUACAAAUAGCAUUUGUCAUGACUUUGGUAUGCAAUUAAAAAAAUUAUACAGUAAAACAACAUGAAAAUCAUCACAGUGAUACUUGAGGAGAUGCAGAACAAGAAUCUGGUGGAGUUUGCAGAAAACAAUUUGAUUUUAUACUUUUAUGAAUUUUUUUAAAUAUGUCUAUAUAGCAAUGUAAAUAGCAUUUGCCAUGACUUUACCAUUAAAUAAGAAGUGCCUUCACUGCGCAUCUUUGUGUAGUUGCAGUAAAAUGGCAGAAGCCAGUGUUUCAUGGACUCAGGAUCAGUUCAGCUGUUCAAUCUGUCUGGAUCUAUUGAAAGAUCCAGUGACCAUCCCCUGUGGACACAGUUACUGCAUGAGCUGCAUUACAGACUGCUGGAAUCAAGAUGAUCAGAGGAGAGUUUACAGCUGCCCUCAGUGCAGACAGACCUUCACUCCAAGACCUGCUUUAAACAAGAAUGUGGUGUUUGCUGAAAUGGUGGAGAAACUGAAGAAGACCAAAGUCCAAACAGCUCGUGCUCUGACUUACGCUGGACCUGGAGAUGUGGAGUGUGAUGUUUGUACCGGGAGGAAGCGUAAAGCUGUCAAGUCAUGUCUGCUGUGUAUAGAGUCUUACUGUCAAACUCACUUUGAGCGCCAUGAGGAAUUUCACUCAGGUAGACGACACAAGAUAACUGAUGCCACUGGACAACUGCUGGAGAUGAUAUGCUCUAAACAUGAUAAACAACUAGAAAUCUAUUGUCGUACUGAUCAGCAAUGUAUUUGUUAUCUGUGUGCAAUGGAUGAACAUAAAAACCAUGACACUGUAUCAUCUGCAUCAGAGAGGACAGAGAAACAGAAACAGUUAGAAGACACACAGAGAACAUUACAUCAUAGAAUUCAGGAGAGAGAGAAAGAGCUUCAUGAGCUAAAAGAGGCUGUGAAGACACACAAGCUCUCCGCACAGGCAGCAGUUAAAGACAGUGAUAGGAUCUUUACUGAACUGAUCCGCUCCAUUGAGAGAAGACGCUCUGAGGUGAUACAGAUGAUCAGAGAUCGGGAAAAGGUUGAAGUGAAUCGAGCUGAAGGACUCUUGAAGCAACUGGAGCAGGAGAUUGAUGAUCUGAGGAGGAGAGACACUGAGCUGAAGCAGCUUUUAGACUCAGACGAUCACAUCAAUUUCCUACAGAGUUUUAUGUCUCUCUCUGCCCCAACUGGAACUGGAGAGAGUGUCAAUGCCGGUUCUCUGCUGUCUUAUGACGACGUGGGAAAGUCUGUCUCUCAACUCAAAGAAAAACUGGAGGAUUUCUGCAAAGAAGAGACUGAAAAAAUAUAUGACAGAGUCACAUACAUCAACAUUAUUCCCAUCACUGAACCCAAGACUAGGGAGGAGUUCCUACAAUAUUUCCGUCAGCUCACUAUGAAUGCAAACACAGUGAACAAAUAUAUUCAACUGUCUGAGGAGAACAGAGUGGCAACUUGCAGCAAAGAAGUCCAGUCAUAUCCUGAUCAUCCAGACAGAUUUGAUAAAUUGUAUGAGGUGUUGUGUAGAGAAAGCUUGCGUGGACGAUGUUACUGGGAGGUUAAAUGGAGUGGUACUGAGAGUGUGGGUAUAUCAGUGUCAUAUAAGAGCAUCAAGAGGCAGGGAGAGAGAUGUGAGUGUGGAUUUGGAUUGAAUGAUCAGUCCUGGAAAUUGUCCUGCACUCCAACCAGUUGCCAAUUCUGGCACAAUAACAAACAUACUAAACUCGCUGAAUUCUCCAGAUCCUGUAGAAUAGGAGUGUAUGUGGAUCACAGAGCAGGGAUUCUGUCCUUCUACAGCGUCUCUGACACAAUGACCCUCAUCCACAGAAUCCAGACCACAUUCACUCAACCACUCUAUCCUGGAAACGUAGGAUAUUGUGACCCUCUCUACUGGGGACUGGCACAAAACUUAAAACUCAACAAAUAACUUGGCA